AUGGUCAAACAAAUAGAGAACGACGAUGAAUUCGAAAAGUAUAUUAGUGAAGAUAAAAUCACUGUUGUAGAUUUUUUUGCUGUAUGGUGUGGACCUUGUAAAGUUAUAGCACCGGCAGUUGAAGAGUUUUCAGGAAUUUAUAAAGAUGUCAAUUUCAUUAAAGUUGAUGUUGACAAUCAUAAUGAAUUGGCCGCCAAACACCAAAUUAACAGCAUGCCAACUUUUGCUUUCUUCAAAUCCGGUGUACGACUUACAAAUUUUGAUGUUAUUGGGGCCAAUAAAUCAAAGUUGGAGGACCAUAUUAAAAAAGCGUUAUCAUCGUGA